CCCCUUCGCCUCCUUGGACCCCUUUGCGAACGCCGCCCCCUCUUCUCGCGAUCCUUCUUCUACCCAGAGCUCACUCGACGUCACUCGUUUCCCUUCCACAUCCACCUCACCACCUCCCUCUGCUCGCAACUCCACAUUCAACUCCAACACCAACACCAACUCCCACACUCACCAGCGAACCUCAUCCAGCACCAACCCAUCCUCAAUAACCUCAGCAACGUCCACAUCCCAGCUCGGCCUCGGCAUGCCGUCCCUCCCAUACACGCGCCAGCGCACACAGACGAUGCCUGCCACCGCCCAACCACCCCAAGGCGCCAAACUAUCUGCCACCAGCCCCGACGACAAGAGGCGCGUGAGCGGUGCCAGCGGCGGCGGUGGCAGCCCGACUACCGGCAGGCGCAGCGGCGCACGCACGCCGGACUCGACGAGCACGCGCGAGAGCGUGCAGAUUGGCGUCAUACCGCCCUCCCCGCGCGCCGCGAAGCUGCAGUUCGACAACGCCAUGACCAAGUCCCCCACCACCCCCAACGCCAACGCCAACGGGGGCGGCGCGCAGGACGUCAUAGGGCGCGACUACGCACGCGGGCCGAACGCCAAUCCCACGAACGCCAAUUAUAACAACAAUAAUCCUGCGAACGGCGUAUACGGCUAUGACCCUAACCUACACCAACACCAGCAACAGCAAGCCCCGCUGCGCCGGCCCAAGUCCCAGGAACGCUCCGUGCCCGACCGCCACGCGCUCUCGUACGCCAUGAUGCGCCCCGCGACCGCCGACGCGCUCGGCACGCCCGACGACAUUCUCGCCACCGCCAACGGCAGCGCACGGGCCAGCCAGAAUUUAGACGAGUGGGGCGGAUUCGUCCAACAGCGCCCGGGCAGCAGGGGCGACUCCUCGUCGCGCGCGCUCACGCCCGCGAGCUCGACGGGCAAUCUGCGGGGGUUCGUGGACCAUCCCCGCAACGGGCAGGGUGGUGCGAACGGGUACACGAGCGGGUCUGCGACGGUCACCGCCAACACCAACACCAACACCCAUGCCAAUGGGAAUAACGGGAACGGCGAGCGCCUCCGGCCCGACGUGCAGCGCCGGACGAGCAGCGGCCGGUCCUCGUCGUCAAGAAGCCAGACCACCCCGCUGGCGAUCGACGUCGCGCGGUCCAAUGCCGAUCCCAUGGACACGACGGCUGCUGCCGCGGUAGCGCCUCCCCCGCCCGUGCCCGACAAACAGGGCCUCGUCGAGUCGCCUACGCAGCUCACUACCCCCCAUGCCCAUGCCCAUGUCCAUGCGAAUCAGAACCAGAACCAGAGCGCAGGCCCGAACGAGAGCACCUCCGCGCUCUCCCACCGCUCUGCUACCAGCAACAACACCGGCGGGAGCGGGGACAAGAAACAGCCCAAGAAGAAGAAAUCCUGGGUCUCCGCCACCUCGCCCGGGCGCAAAGGCACCGGCAUCGCGGGCGCGCUCGCCGCGAGCGGGAUGGCGAUGGCGCAUCCGGGGUCUUCCCAGCAGCAACAGCAGCAGCAACAGCAGCAGCAGAGUGUGCCGCCGGUCCCUGCGCUCCCCGCUCGCCCCAACCCCAACGCGAACGCGAACGGGGGGAACAACAGGGCCAACAACAACACGAAGCACACCGCGUCCGCGAGCGUCGGCUCCGUCGCCGGUGCGCAUCGCGCGCCGAGCUCCGUAGGAUCGCCGCGCGGCGGGAGCCGGCCUAUCGGCGCGAGCAGGAGCGAUGUGAGUGUCGGCGGGGGCGGGGGGUACGACAGUGCCGGGAGCGGCGGAGGGUUCGAGAGCGAGGAGGAGGAUGAGGAGAGCGAUGAGGACGACGACGACGACGAGCUCGGGUUUCAGGCGGGCGAUAUUCCGGUGACGGGUUUCGCGGUCGCGAGUAGUAAGCGGAACGCGGAUUUUCAUGAGCUGUUUCCGAGUAUUCCGGAGGGGGACUAUUUGAUCGAGGAUUACGGGUGUGCGCUGCAGCGCGAGAUUCUCAUCCAGGGACGGCUCUAUAUCUCGGAGAACCACAUCUGCUUCCACGCGAACAUCUUUGGGUGGAUCACCGACCUCAGCAUCCCCAUGUACGAAAUCACAUCGCUCGAGAAGAAGAUGACGGCGUUCGUGAUCCCGAACGCGAUCCAGCUCACGACGCGCCAGGCAAAAUACACGUUCGCGUCCUUUCUCGCGCGCGACACCGCGCACGACGUGAUCGCCAACAUAUGGCGCCUCGCGCGGCCCGAGAUCGAGACUGCCGCGAGCGCCGGUGCGGGGCCGGGCGCGAGCAACGGCUCGUUCGUCGGUGCGGGGCCGGGCGCGGGCGCGUCCGAUGGGGAGUUUGGUGUGGAGAAGGGUGCGGGCGGCGCUGGUGGUGGUGGUGGUGUGGUCGAGAAGGGGCCGGCGCCGGUGAAGAACAAGGUGACGCAGUGCGCGUGUGCGAAGAGCGGGGGGCAUUAUACGGAGACGGCGCUGGAGACGGUGGUGCCUGGGACGCCGGACAAGAUCUAUAAUCUGAUGUUCGCGAGCGGGUUCAUCAAGGAUUUUAUGCGCGUCGAUCAGAAGCUGCUCGACGUGCAGAUCGCCGACUGGGCGCCGAUGUCGGGCGACUCGAAGCUGCUCGCGCGGACGAUGUCGUACAUCAAGCCGCUGAACAACACGAUGGGCCCGAAGCAGACCAAGUGCGAGAUCCGCGACGAGACGGUGCACUGCGACUUUGACGAGUACGUCGUGAUGCUCACGACGACGCGCACGCCGGACGUGCCCUCGGGCGGCGUGUUCUCCGUCAAGACGCGCACGUGCCUCAUGUGGGCGGGCGCCGUCGCGACGCGCGUUGUCGUCACGACGCAGGUGGAGUGGACGGGGCGGAGCUUUAUCAAGGGCGUCAUCGAGCGGAGCGCCAUCGACGGCCAGAAGGUGUACCACGCGGACCUGGACAAGGCGAUGCGGAUGUACAUCCAGGAGCACGCGUCCGAGUUCAUCCCCUCGGGCGUGGACCCCACCGCCGUCGUGCCCGUCGAGCCCGCCACGCCCGCGGCGGAGCACCCGCCCGCGGGCUCGCCGCUCGCGGACGGCGCGGGCAAGGCUGUGGACGCGGUGAGCGCGGCACAGGCGCGCGAGCACGAGCGCAAUGCGCGCGGGCUGCAGUGGGCGUACGAGACGUUCGAGGGCGCGUACGGCGUCGCGACGCGGUCGACGGCGGGCGCGCUCGAGCUGCUGCGCGACGCGUGGGACCAGUCGAGCAGCACGACGAUUUUGUAUUUUGUCAUUGUCGUGCUCGUGCUGUCGAACGUGUGGACGCUCGCGCUCGUUGGGCGGCGCGAGGAGGUUGGAAGGCGGAAGGAGGCGCGGAAGAUGGAGGAAAGGGAGCGGUGGGUGCAGGGGAUCGUUACGGGUGUGUGGGAGGAGAUGGCGAAUGGGCGCGUGGUGAGGGUUGGUGCGGGGAUUCCUGGGCUGGGUGGUGACGAGGCGGGGGCCUUGCCUGAUCACUUGGGCGGUGGACCAAUUGGCGGUGUUCACGAGGAGCUUGGCAGCAUCGAGCGGACGCUGGACGCUAUCGAGGAUCGGGUGAAGAUGAUUCGCGGCAGUCUACAUGCCACCGACUGAGAGGAGUGGUCGAAUUAACUUAAUGGUCUCUGGUUUUAGGCUCGUAUCUAGAGCAUCGUACGGGUUUCGGAGACGGACGACGAGUUUCUCAGCAUUAACAUUAUCGUUAACACUAGUUUUACCCUCGCUCAUUUCUUUUCGUUAAACUCUCUUACUGCGUCUUUCUUAUGCUUUGCUUAUUUGCUCACCGUUGUAUCUGUCCCUUGCUCGAUAACAAU